AAAUAAGUAAAGUGACACUUAAUAGUAUUAAAUAUGUGCAAUCGGUUACAAGCAAUACAUUUAAGUAACUGAUUUUUACACGAGACUGUUCACAUACGUUUAUUUUAAUAUCAAGAAUGAACCGUAAAUCACAAUAUUUCAAUGUGUAAUUAUAAAUUGUAUGAAUACUGUUAAGAAAUAUUUCAUAAUUGCAUUAUCAGUAUUUUGUUAUCACCGCAUGCGAUUGUGACUCAAGUGGUAUAUUUUACGUAUUUAAGUGACCGCGUACUCGAUCGGAAAUAGUUUGCUUAUUGUUACAUUUUAACAAGUGUAUAGUAUAAACUUUAGAUGCGUGUAAAUUAUGUUGUAAAACACAUUAUUGAAUACAUAUGUUUAAACCAAGUGUAUAGUGAAAAUAAAGGAUCUUCAUGUAUUCUUACAAUGGGACAAACGCAGGCGACUACACAUAUAAACAUUAAGGAACAACAGAAUGACCAACAGACCUGCGAUGUCAAAGAUAUUUGCCAGUUGUCUGACGGACGAUUCUUGGUCACGGAUCACGCAAACAACCGACUAAAACUUCUAGGUGUCAACUACGCUCUCGUGGCGUCGCUCGCAACUGAUGGCUCCCCCUUCGGCGCGUGCGAAGGGGAACCGGGUCAGGCCAUUGUUACAAGUCAGUUCAUCGGUAAAACUCAAGACAGUGUAGUCCUAAUUGCAGUUGGUAAAUCUUUGAGUAUUAAUAGUUAUUUCAAUGUUGAUUAUCGUUGUUACGGUAUAGCGUACGCUGGCGGACGCGUCUAUGUCUGUAUGGGCAGUCGGCUAAACGUGUCUGAGGAAAAGUCUAGCCAUGUGCUUCGAGACGAACCUGAUAAUCUGCCUGGUCACGUGAGAGUAUUCUCUUUAUCAGGAGAAGUCUUGCAGACGAUCCCCAAUGAUUUGGACUUAACCGUAUUUAGCGAACCUCGUUACAUCCAGUGGAGCAGAGACACAAAGGAGUUUCAUGUAAGCGACUUAACAAAGGGCGUGGUUACCAUAGAUACCCAAGAGGAAGUGCACUACACAGUGCCCAAACAAUCAGACUUCACCUCGCCCCAGGGCCUCUGUGAAAACAUCAACAAGGACAUUAUUGUCUGCGAGAGCAAGUCACACGCAUUGGUUCAAAUGACCUUGAGUGCAAAACAGGUCAAGGUCACGAUUCAUGAGUCUGAGAGGUUAGAACGCCCUCAAGCAGUAUGUUUUGAUAAUAAAAGAAACAAUUUAUUGGUGGCGUGUCAAAUGAGUGAUGUGAUAGAAAUAUUUAAUGCAACGUAACACGGGUUUUGUUUCAAAGAUAAACACUUUUUUCUCGUGACCUAUCAGAUAGUUUGUUAACUAAACGACAUUAAAUUUAAAUCGGACAUACGUCGGCCCUUUCCAUAGAUGGAUAACAAAAAAUGCCGAUAGCGCUAUCAACAUUGGCUGGUGGCAAAACUACGUAACUGCACGAGAACAAUUGAGAAAAAAUGGAUACGCGCUUGUCGGUAUCGAUGAAAAUGAUUUUACAGUUUUAUUAAUACAGUAGACUCUCUGUAAACCGGACGGUCUCGGGACCGGCCUGAUCGUCCGGUUUUCAGAGAGUUCCGGUUUACCAAGAGUUUUCAUAUUGCCGAAAUAUACAUGGUAUGCAUUGUGUACAGAAUCACAUUAAAAUAAAACAAACUAUAUACAUUUACAUGUACCAUGUGAUAACUGUACGCAGGGACUGAUGAUGUUAAUUGCAUUCUUAAAAAAAAUGUGUUUUUAAUCGAUUAAAAGCAAAAAAAAUCCAUACCGACUUGUUUUGAUUAUUCCCAAAGUAAGCGUGGUGCUUUAUACAUGUACGUACGUGGCAUUUGUCAUAUAGGCGAGUGACGACACAAAUAAGAUUGUUGUAGAUACACGAUUUAUUAUUCAAUACAUACAUGUACCACAUUUCAAAAAACAUACACACAACCAAAAAACAGCGUCAUAAUUAUUUUUUUAGAUAUUCAUAAUCUCAAAAUCUCCUGGUAGACGUUCUUUUUCUUCAAGAUGUCGCCGACCGUUGACUUCCCGAUCUUGAAGCGCUCGCCGAGUGCCUUCAGAGAUGGUUUUGGUUGAGCAGUUGAUUCCGUGAUGAGCUUUAUCUUAUCCUAUAACGUAAAAUACCCGAGAAGAUCACAAGAAAGUGAUCGUCGCAACGGCAUGCAUUAAUUUUUCAAUUAAAUUGUUUAUCAUAGGCGAUAAUAAAUAAUUAAUAAAACGAUCGAGUCAAUCACGCUUUGAUGUUACCGCACGUCUAUUAUAGACAUUCACAGUUUGUUUUACAUUACUUAAUCGGACUCCCAUAGCGCGGUAACGACUUGACACCUUUAUGGUAUGUUUAAUCCGAUUAUCGAUAAUUGCGCGAGCAAAAUGUGUGACACCGCACUCGCUGUGCUGACUAGGUAUUGUUAUUUUCACGCCUCGGGCAUCUUGAGAAUUUAGACCGUCCGGUAUACUCAAUGUAUUUUACGUUGAAAAUGACCAAAUUUACGGAGAUACCCGUCCGGUUUCCGGUUUUCAGAGAGUUCGGUUUAUUCAACAUUUUUUUAACAAAGAAAUAGAAGGAGAAAAUACGGGACUGGCCCGACCGUCCGGAAUCGGGAGAGUUCCGGUAUUCAGAGAGUCCGGUAUUGGCAGAGUCUGCUGUAUAUGAAUUUGGUCAAUUCUUGCUAUCUACUCAGACACAGUACUAUCGGCAUUAGGCUUAUUCGCUGUUUGACGAGCGGUGCGCAAUAGGACAUCGAUUUGGUAACUUGCCUGAAAACAUAUGACGUUGUUCUCUCAAGAAAUAUUUUUGAAAUUCCAUACUUAAUCCUGUUGGCAUGCUCACUGUUUAUAGGCAUAAAUUAUUCGCAGCUUAUUCCAGUAAAGGAUUUACCGAUUGUUGAACUUAUAGUCGCAAAGGCUCCGCGAACAGAUUAAGCUGGUGCCACGCAUAGCCCGUUUGAAUACACAUUACAGGAAAUAGUUGAUUAAAUUAUAUGUGUUUAUAAAUCGUUAUGUUUUAUUUCUUUGACAUUUUACCGUUACCGGUUUGUAACGAGGCAUUUCUUGAAGAAAAAUUAACUUACAUGUUCUUAUAUUUAAUGAGUGUGUUUUAGACAAAAAACUAUAAAAUGGCGUCAAUAAAAAAUACAUCGAGGAUGGAUAGAUAAUUUAGAAAUAUUGUUUACAUGAGUACUUAAGAUGUGCUAUAAAUCGUGUUCAUUUUACCACUGGCGCUUUUAUGUUGUAGCCUAUGUAACGGAAAUUGAACGUACAAAAGCUUAACAUAUAGCUUUUACAAACUCAGCGUAUCGAUGUAAAUUGGCGGAUUUAUUUCACAUUACAAAAAAGAAAAUUCACGUAUAAAUUGCAAUACAUUUGUUGCCCUUUUAUUGGCGAUGUUCGAUUUUCAUUAUUCGUUAACCUGCAUGCUAAUAUUCUAUUUUGAAUUACCAUCAUAUUGGUUUAGUUAGAAUUAAAUUUUGUAUUACAGUGACUAAUAGAAGUAAUUGGUAUUUAUUAUUUUUACCAACGACGUCGAUAAAACAUUCAGAUUUCAAAAUAUCAUCACUUACAUCAGAACGAAAUGUAACAAUGUAUCUAGUCAACACUUAAUUAAUGCCAGUCCUUAUCGGAAAGCAAUACGCAUAUAUAUCGUAUCUAUGUUUAUUUGUAUUACAUAAAUCAUAAAUAUGUGGCUAAAUAAAUGUAUGUUUGUGUUUGUUGAA